GUUAUAUAUAUGUUUAUGUUUUUGUAUUUUAAAUAUGAUUUAAAAUAGAUUAAUGGAUGUAAACAACGGGUCGGAUUUGAAAACCCGCUACUGACGAAUCCGCAUCCGAUAUGGGACUCGACCCACAAAGCAAAGGUUCAGAUCUCCGAGCGAUUCAUUCUUCUCCUCCUUCCGCUCCCAACAAAGCAAGACGCCAUUUUCAGAGCUCCAUUUUCCAUUCCUUCGUUUCAUAUCUCGAUUAGCGCUCUUGUGCUUUUCUUCAUCUUCGCAAGCCAUGAAUGACAAUAUUGGAAACCCGGCUGGAAUUCAGAGACCCCAUCCUCCCGGUCCAUUUGGGAAUGCCUUCUAUGGAACUGGUUCCGGAAUAAUUCGUGGCGGCCUGGGAGCAUAUGGGGAGAGAUUCCUUGGCUCUAGCUCAGAGUUUAUGCAAAGCAAUAUCAGUCAGCAUUUAUCUGAUUCUCAAUAUUACUUCCAAGUGAAUGGCCAAUAUGUGAGGAACAAGCUGAAGGUCAUAUUGUUCCCCUUCCUCCAUAGAGGGCACUGGACAAGGAUAACAGAACCAGUUGGUGGGCGACUUUCAUACAAACCUCCAGUUCAUGAUAUAAAUGCCCCGGACCUGUACAUUCCUUUUAUGGCAUUUGGUACCUAUGUUGUCUUAGCAGGAUUCAUGCUCGGUGUGUUAGGAAGAUUUACACCAGAAGCGCUGAGCUUGCAAUUUACAAAAGGACUAGCAGGCUGGUUUUUCCAGAUCCUGCUUCUAAAAGGACUGCUGUAUUCUUUGGGCAGUGGCGAGGCGCCGCUGUUGGAUGUUGUAGCUUACACAGGAUAUGCAUUUACGGGCAUGUCUGUUGCUGUUUUCGCAAGGAUCUUCUGGAAUUACUCAUACUUUUUUCUGCUUCCUUGGAUUUGCGUUUGCAUGGGGAUUUUCCUGGUGAAGACCAUGAAGAGGGUUCUCUUGGGAGGAACGAGGAGUUACGAGAAGCACACCAACAGGCACCAUUAUCUUCUGCUUUUCAUGGCUGCAGCUCAGUUCCCCUGGUUCUUCUGGCUCGGCAAUGUUGGUGCAUGAUGCUCCAUGUUUCCUACCGUAACAAAAUUCUUUAUAUUCAAAUUUUUUUGAUUGUUGUAAUGAAUCAGAUAGUGCCAUUGUCUGGUUCAAUGACAUGUUUGGCAUCCAAGUUUCUGUAUUUGUUGAACAUACAAAUUAUCAAAAUUCUUUGAUUUCAAGUUGCCUCUUU